AUGGGAAAAAGGAUUCAGGAAGUGAAGGAACGAGUCAGGUACAUUACAACAGAUGGAGAGCGACUGAAGCUUUUCCGUGAUUUAGUUCACUCGGACCAGCCAUCAAGCAGUGCAGCGGGGAGAUCAGCGUGGAAGGGAAAUAGUGUCCUGCCAAGCGAUUCACACCUUGUGGCGAUUGAGCCCAAGCUUCAACAUCUCAUCCCCUUAAUAGAUGAUUCAACUGUUCCAGUCAUUGCCCUGGUGGCGAUGGGCGCAGCGGGAAAAACAUUUCUGCUCCAAAAUGCUUUUGAGAGACUCAAACAAAGGUAUGAGCACUCAAUCUGGCUUUCCGUAUCACAGUCAUAUUCUGUUCAUAAAUUACAGUGUGAUCUAGCGUCGCACUUGGGAGAUUUAGAGGCUCGGGUGAAGGAUGUAAGUGACGAGCGAGCGGCGGAGCUCAUUCAUGCCGGUUUACAAGGAACAAAGUCUCUCAUCGUGCUGGAUGACGUCUGGAGGGCAGCCCGAGUAGAUAACAUCAUUACCAGCCUUGGUCUUCCAAUUGGCCAGGGCAGCCAAUGUAAAGUUGUGGUUACAAACCGAAACAGGGGAGUUGCCCAAAAUCUUAGUGCUCUUAUAUAUGAAAUGAAGCUUUUGUCCAAGGAAGACAGUCGGCAGUUGUUCUGUGCGUAUGCCUUCCCUAGUGAUGACUGCAAUCUCCCACCACAAGACCUUCAAGUAGUAGCAGCUGAAGUUCAAAAGCAAUGCGGGAGAUUACCAUUGGCAUUCAAGACAAUAGGAGCGUCACUCUCCGGCUGCACAGAUACAAGCGAGUGGAACUCCAGAUUGUCUUGGCUCAAACAGUCGGAACUGCAUCCUCAGAAAGAGGUAACUAAUCCCGACUACCGCAUCAUAGAGAUUCUUAGAUUGAGUUAUGACUCCUUGCCCGCAGCUCUUAAGCCCUGUUUUUCUUAUAUGUCUUACUUUCCUGAGGAUGGGAGAGUAGAUUGCAACUACCUCAUAAAUCUCUGGAUAGCGGAGGGGUUCAUUCCACAGGUAGAAGACCAGUGGGAAGUUGCUUGGGAUUAUUUACAUCAGUUGGCCAAUCUAUGCUUGUUUGAAGUAUUGGAGGGGGAGUUUACAAACGAAAUAUGCAAGAUCCAUGACUUGCUCCGUGAUUUGGCAAUUGAUAUAUCUAAAGAAAACAGAUGUGCGUUUGAUAUUGAAGAUGACUUCACAUCUGUGAAAAGAAUUUUACUAGCCAAACAAGAGAUAGAUGAUAUGGUCAUCGCCCAGAGCAGGGCUUCAUGUCCCAGAUCUCUUCGCACUCUGUCACUUCUUGUAAAUCCCAUUAAUAAAAUUGAGUAA